UUCUUUAGACAUUUUAAAUCUGUGGGUCACAUCAAGUAAUUUGGUUGGUAGGUAAAAGAAACUGAGCGAAAGAAUCUAGAUUAAAUAAAUUUUACCAAGAAUUCAGAUGAAUUCUUCGAGCAUUUCAACAAAUAAACAGCAUUGUGAUUCAGAUUCUAAUGUCGAAACGUCGAUGCAGGAUAAUUCGAAUGAUGAGUUUACAGAUUUACAUCACCAAAUAAUGGCAAACUUCACAAAGCCAAAUACUCCAAAUGUGAAUGUGCCUGAAAAAAUCAUAAUUUGUUUAGAUAUUUGCUGUGAUAAUGACUUACUGUUUCAAUUGGCUGAUGGGACCACAUUUACUCCUAUAAAUAUGAUGAAACGUGCUCUGGAUUUCUUUAUACAUUCAAAGUUAUCUAUUAACAAAAAAACACAAUUUGCUGUAAUGUUUCUGAAAGGAGAAGCCAUUUGGGCAUUGGAUUUCACUUCAAAUGUAAAAAAUAUCUUUAAUGCACUUGACUUUAUCACCAACGAAGAAAACAGUGCAGAAUGUUUUGAUUUCAAAGGAGUGUUCCAAAUUUUAAAAGAGAAAGUGGAAAUUCCUGAAUAUAUUCAAGGUGAAUCUAGUACUGUGGCCCCACCAUAUGUAGUACGCUUGCUAUUACUUUAUGGCAGAUCUAAUUGUGUGCCAUUUAUUGAUCAAGAUGACCCUUAUUUCAACUUCCUCAAGAAGCAACCAUAUUUCAUUGUAGACAUAUUGUAUGCCCAUGACAAUGAUUGUGCUUCUAAGAAAUGUGUAGAGAUAUUUGAUUCCCUUCAAAAUUUAGACAAUGGGUAUUCUUAUGUGUAUGAAGUGUCAAGAAAUGCCACAAAGAUUCAUGACUGUACUGCAAAAUUGUUAGCUCACCCAUUGCAGAGAGUGCUACAGAAGAACACAAAUUAUACUUUUGGCCUUAGAAUCCCCAAAUAAACUAAUAAAACUAUAUUUUCA